AUGCACGGUGUUGCCUUGGUUAUCUCAAAACAAAAAUCAGCACCGUCUGCAACUCAAAAAAUUAUCGAUCAAUGGACACAUGUAAACAAGACCAACGAGUAUCAUAAGUUGCUGGAAGAACUGAAAGUUGAAAACAUUACUCUGCCCGACCAAUUUGUUCCUGGAUUUCUCAUUGAGAAGUUGCCGAAAUCAUGGAAGGAUUACAAUAAUCAACUCAAACAUAAACAAAAUCAAUUACCUUUGACAUAUUUGAUCACACACAUCAUUAUCGAGGAUACAAACAAAAAGGAGAGCAAGGCUACAAAGGCAAAAAGUUUUGUUUCCUGA